AAGUCUCAAAAGGAGGGCGGUUCCGGGCCUCACGUGACACUGCAGCCACGUGACCCCGGGCCCCGCGGGAGCCGAGCAGCUCGUUCCAGUUCCGGGAGCCGGAGGGGGCCGGGCGCGCCCUGCCCCCAGCCCGCCGCGACCAUGCUGUCCCGCCUGCUGAAAGAACACCAGGCCAAGCAGAAUGAACGCAAGGAGCUGCAGGAGAAGAGGAGGCGAGAGGCUAUCACUGCAGCGACCUGCCUGACAGAAGCUUUGGUGGAUCACCUCAAUGUGGGCGUGGCCCAGGCCUACAUGAACCAGAGAAAGCUGGACCAUGAGGUGAAGACCCUACAGGUCCAGGCUGCCCAGUUUGCCAAGCAGACAGGCCAGUGGAUUGGGAUGGUGGAGAACUUCAACCAGGCGCUCAAGAGCCACACCCCGCCCACCCUGACUCCCGGGCUCCCGCACCCCACCACCACCUUGCAGGAGAUCGGGGAUGUGGAGAACUGGGCUCGGAGCAUCGAGCUGGACAUGCGCACCAUUGCCACCGCGCUGGAGUACGUCUACAAAGGGCAGCUGCAGUCGGCCCCCUCCUAGCCCCACUGCCCUCCCCUCCCCCACUCCUCCUACCUCCCCCCAGGCGGGCAGGAAGGAGGGGGACAGGCUAUGAAUAAAACACAAGCCUCCAUG